UUCGCGUUUUGUUUUUUAUUUUUUUAUAUCAUUCGCGCGAUUUCACAACGUCUUUACGGCGCCGCGAGCACGCAACCAUGCAACCAGCUGGUCACAAAACGGAUCGAUUAGUGUUAUCACUGUGUUGUCUCUGCUGGUGAGCUGCUCACUGCUGGCUGCUGUGCUGAUGUACGAAGUGCGGAUAACAAAAGGUUUGAGUUUUUGACWAGUGACAACACACUUAUUAUUUGGUGUAGUAUUCACUCUAGUAGUUCUGURCAGUGUGCGAUAUCCAUCACUUCAGAUAGUGCUCGUAUCUCUAGACCRCUAAAAAGCGAUACGUCACGUGUGCGUUCGAUCAAGUUUUUAUUAUCGUCCGUCUGCCUGACCUCACGUGCUCCGACCUGAUCGAAGUACCAGGGAUCCCGGUGGCCAUAAAACAUCCGCUGCCGAUGACGACUUGACGGGUACGCGACUCACCGAAUUUGGCAUGUCGCUUGACACCGACGGUUGUCCGCAGCAGAAAGAGUAUGAUUACCUACUGAAGUUCCUCUUGGUCGGUGACAGUGAUGUGGGCAAACAWGAGAUGCUCAACGAUCUCGAGGACGGAUCAUCUGAGUCACCAUAUUGCAGCGGAAGUGCAUACAAAACUACAAUUAUUCUCUUGGAUGGUAAACGAGUAAAAUUGCAACUAUGGGAUGCAUCAGGUCAAGGGCGUUUAUGCACAAUAAUCAGAUCUUAUUCAAGAGGAGCACAAGGUGUUUUGUUAGUUUAUGACAUAACUAAUAAAUGGUCAUUUGACGGAUUAGACAGAUGGUUAAAAGAAGUUGAAGAGCAUGCACCUGGAGUUCCAAAAGUGUUAGUUGGUAAUCGCUUGCAUUUGGCAUUUAAAAGACAAGUUAGUGUCAAAGAAGCAGAAUCCUAUGCCUCAAAACAUCAUAUGACUUUGUUUGAGGUCAGUCCACUCUGUGACUUUAACAUCAGAGAAAGUUUUAGUGAAUUAGCGAGGCGAGCAUUACAUAGAAAUGGAAUGGAAAGACUUUUGCGAUCAAACAAAGUAUUAAGCCUCCAAGAGUUGUGUUGCCGUGCUAUUGUAGCAAGAACUACCCAGUAUGGUAUAAACCAGUUGCCUCUACCUGUAACAAUUAAGUCACACUUAAAGUCAUAUGCAUUGACUAGUUUCUCAACUUUAUCUAUGUCAUUGCCACGUAAUGCUUCAGCAUCCAAAAAAAUUAAAUUGCCUUCCAACAAUACUGGAGUAUCACGACAACAUGGUCACCCUGCACACUCUGUAUCACAUCAUCAUCAUUUGAAAAAUACACCAUUAAGCAUUUCAACUUCAUACAUUACAAGAAACUCUUGUACAAUAUCAUGACUUAAAAUAUAACAUUAGUAACGAAUCCACUGAUUUGAAUUUAUUUAAAAAUGUUUAGUAAGUGUAUAUUUUAUGU